UCUUUACGUUUGCGAUUAGUUUAGAGGUUGACAUCUUACGGAAAAUAUCGAAAUCAGAAGUAGGUGUUUUGCAGCAUGGCGGAUACGACAGUUGAUGCGACGCGACGACUAAAUGUUAAAAAACAAACUCUGGAUGAUGCCUAUGCAGCGCCAGCAAAUUUUCUUGAGAUUGAUGUAAUAAAUCCAAUAACUCAUGGUGUUGGAAAGAAGAGAUACACUGACUACGAAGUUAGAAUGAGAACAAACCUUCCUGUUUUCAAAGUGAAAGAAUCGAGUGUUCGCCGAAGAUAUAGCGAUUUUGAAUGGCUACGAAAUGAAUUAGAACGAGAUAGUAAGAUAGUGGUCCCCUCCUUACCAGGCAAAGCAUGGAAACGUCAGAUGCCAUUCAGAGGAGACGAUGGAAUAUUUGAAGAAGACUUCAUUGAAGACCGAAGAAAGGGACUGGAAGUUUUUGUGAAUAAGAUUGCUGGUCACCCGCUUGCCCAGAAUGAACGUUGUCUACACAUGUUUCUUCAGGAGCCAGUUAUUGACAAGAACUACGUCCCAGGAAAGAUCAGAAAUGCGUAAUGACGUCUUUGUGCUGUUGGUGAAAUAUUGGCCAAACUUCAGCACGAAGUUAUCUUCAUUGCCGAGAGCUGAAUGAUGUUAAUUUAAUCUACCAUACUGUUAUUUUGUCUUGUAAUAUAUUUAUGUUGUAUACUUCAAACAAAAAUUGAAGUAGGUCUGCAUAAAAUGUUUGAUCUAAAUUGUGAUUUGACAAAAUAAAUGUUCACUUUGUGUUAUGAACAAAUGUUUAGACCCAGAUUGCUGGUACUGUAGUGAGCUGACUUUACUGUUCAGUUAAAUGUCAUGCCAGGUGGUUCAAUAGCAAAAAUUCCUCAUAAUGGGCUUAUUCUUUUAAUCAGAUGAGACUUUUGCUCUCCAUUUCACCUGCACAUUUAUUAAUGUGAAAUUUAACUUCUGCUGAGGUUACUUUCAUCCUUUGAUAACAAUGUGGUCAAGUUUCAGGAAUUUGACAGCUCAUCAAUUUGCGUAUUUUGUUUGUGAUUGUGCCUUACUCAUAAAGUAAUAAAUACAAUAUCUUUUUCAAAUUUUGUGUUUCAGAUUAAUUUCUGCAAGUAGAAAUGUUUAUUUUUAAUUUAAAGAGGACAUAGCAUCUUGUAAAACUCGUCUUAUUAAAAAAAUAGGCCCCUAUAUUUAGGGUCCUCAAAUAAUAUUUGAAUGUGGACAAUAAUGGUUUUUUCACAAAGCAGCUCUGGACACUAAAAUACUCACAAAAUUAAGUUAGGUCUUCCCCACAUCUGGAUGUGCAUUUCAAGGGAAUUUAACAAAAAAAAAGGGUCCAUCAGUAUCGUACUACACGCCCUCUAUAGCAUAACAUCAUGUCAACAUACAAUUUGACUUACAUAUUCCUGUUUUAUGACAUGUAAAUUUGAAUUAUGAAUUAAAAUUACUGCGUCAUAUGUUUCCAAGAAGAAUGAAAAAUAUUAUGAAGAAACUUCCAUACAAACCACUUAACCUAAUGACUAUUAUGCCACAAACAUUUUCCUUAUUUGAGUAUCAAGACUGAAGCUGCAAUCGGCAAACAGUAAUUUACUGUUCUUCAUGUAUUUAUUUAGUUCCUGUCUGAUGCAUUAUUUAAUACAAUAAAUAUUGGCACAUCUUCAGUGCAUCUUCUGCAUGGAAUUUGGGGAGAUGGUCAUAGCAUGAGCUAUUUUACUACAAAAUUAAACAUUUUUGAAAUACCUAUAUUUAGAUAUUUGCAUUCAUAAAAGAGACAAAUGAAAGGCCAUAUUUACACUUACCCAAAUGGAAAAUACUGAAAAUAAACUUACAAUGAUUCAAAAUUCAAAUCACACUUUAAUUAAAGUUUAAUAUUUAUCAUGAAAAGGUUUGUUUCAAACAAAUUAACGAUAAAAUAAUUAUGAUGGUUACUACAAAGCAAUUUCAAGAUCAUUGUUAAAUUCUCUCUUUGCAGAGACAACAAUUUUUAAUCCAGAUGUGGGAAGUGGCACAGUAUUGUUUUUCCUUUAAUUAUAUGGAAAAAUACUAGCAUAUCUAUGAGUGUUAGCUUCAUAGAAGUCAAACUGAAUAUUUUGCAUUGUCACUGCUAUUACUUCAAUAUUCUCAAAGAAAAGUUAAUAUUAUUUUAUAUAUAUAUAUAUAUAUAGUAGCUGUAGAUGCCAUUUUUUCUCAAAUACGAUGUGUAUAUAUUGAUGACAAUGUGAAUUUUUAAUUAUGAGGCACUUUGAUGUUAUUUCAGUUUUAGGUAAAGUUCUCGGUAAUUUUGUUUGCAUACAAAUAUUGUUAAUGUUUGCAAGUACAUUUUUUUUCUUUUGAAUAGCUAGUGACAUGAUGGGAUUAAAUUUCUCCACCUUUUGUAAUUUCCUAUGAAAAAUAAGACACAUGAAACUGCUUGCCUUGGUACCAAUUUGCAGAUGCAGCAGUUUAUGUAAUUAAACCGAAUCCUGAGGCUCAUUUUUGACCGAUAUUAAAAGAAAGAAAGAUCAGUUUAGGCUGAACAAACAUUUCCAGAAGUGAAGUUAAAAUACUUUGAAAUUUUUAUGUUUGUGCUAUCUGUAUUUUUUUAUGUAAAUGUUCAAUUUAAACUAUUUCUCAUUCUUAUAGUGCAUGCAGUUUGAGCGACUAGACAUAUUUAUAAUUAGGUUAUGUGUGAACAAUACAGUUUUGUCCAGAAUUUGGCAUAUUGUAUUAGAAUACGUUUUGGGAUGUAUACACAUGUUUAUUCUUACAUGAGUACGGCUUGAAAAAAUCCUCUUAGGUUUAAAUGAGAAGGAAGUUGUACUGUGAAAUAUAUGAAAAUAAAUAUUUGGAAUAUA